CGGUACUGCAGUAUCUGCUGAGAAAUCCCCCCUUGGCAGCUGAAGGAACUUUGAACUGGCCGCUGUCAGCGUCAACUGGAAGCCAGAGAGUCCGUCUGCUUUCUGAAGGUGGCCCGAGGCCUUUGGGACCAAUAUCCCCCUCUCUACAGCUGGACAGACGUUAGUCCCUGACAGUUCAACCAUCAAAAGAAAAGCUCCAGCCGCUCUGCGUUCUGUGAGGAUCGGAGGGAGAGAAAGACAGCGGUGUCCAUAAAGCAGCAGACCUGUGGAAACAAGACGAGAUGCUGCGCAGAAAGAUCAAGUGACACUGUAUUCAAAUCAUGACGGAGAAGAGUCAUGAGCUGGGUUGAAGGACGUCUCCAGUCCUGUCCGACUAACACCAGGUCAGAACUUGCAGUUUGGCUAUCGGUAAGACAGAACCUGGCCUGUCUAUUGAAGAAUGGAUCAGAAUUUCAACCGUUCUGUGAAAUUCCAGCAUGUCUCCUGGCCCAACAUUUCAUUGCUGGCGGAGCAGUUCCAGUUCUGCUCCGACUCAGUGAGUAGUACUACCUUCCUCAUCGUGGCCUACAGUGCAGUGAUGGCUGUGGGCAUAAUUGGUAACAUGUGCCUGGUUCUGGUCAUUAUGAGGCAGAAGGAAAUGCGUAAUGUCACCAAUAUCCUGAUUGCCAACCUGUCAUGCUCUGAUAUCCUCAUUGCCACCCUUUGCCUCCCAGUGACAGUGAUUUACACCAUGAUGGACCGUUGGAUCCUUGGUGCUGCACUUUGCAAGUUGACCCCAUUUGUUCAGUGCACAUCGGUUACUGUGUCCAUCGUCUCCUUGGUCCUGAUUGCUUUGGAGAGACAUCAGCUGAUUAUCAACCCGACGGGUUGGAAGCCAGCAGUGGGCCAUGCAUACUUGGCAGUCGCUCUCAGCUGGCUGGUGGGAAGUUUAAUUUCUUUGCCUUUUGUCUCCUUCAACAUCUUGACCAGUGAGCCCUACUCAAACAUCUCCUUCCUCCCAGACUCUUUCAAGGAUCAUGCAGCUUGUAUCGAAAGCUGGCCUUCAGAGCAGCAGAAGCUGGCCUACACCACCUGCCUCCUGGUCUUCCAAUAUGGCCUGCCCCUGCUCCUGAUGCUGAUCUGUUACUUCCGGAUCUUCCUGCGCCUCCGAAGGCGCCGGGAGAUGGUAGACCGUGCAAGGGAUGGCAAUCGACGGGUCAGCCACAGUCGGAAGAUCAAUGUCAUGUUGGCAUCUAUUGUUGGCGCCUUUGGCCUUUGCUGGCUACCACUCACAGUUUUCAACACGGUUUUUGAUUGGGACCAUGAGGCCAUCUCCAUCUGUCACCACAACCUGAUCUUCUCGCUUUGUCACCUGACAGCUAUGCUGUCCACCUGCGUCAACCCAGUCAUCUACGGCUUCCUCAAUACCAACUUCCAGAAGGAAGUGAAGGCCAUGCUGUAUCGUUGUCGCUGUGGUGGGGCUUCAGACACCUAUGAGAGCUUUCCUCUGUCCACAGUCAACACUGAGCUGUCCAAAGCUUCCUUAUGCCAUUAAUUGUGUCUAACCUCAGCUGCAUUAUGCCUUUUGUGGAUCAUUCUUGUUGUUUUUGUCUGCAGCAAUUUCAUCACUUCCCUCAUGCCAGAUUUCACUGCUGAGAGUUGUUGGUCUGCGCCGAGAUGGUCUGGAUCCAGAAGUCAUGGAUUACUUGGCUCCGUUGCCAAUGCUUUGAAAAUCAGGACUCCUGAAAUGCACCUAGCAGGGAAGGCAGUGACAUGGCUAUUAGUUACUGCCUUAAAGUGACCUGCCUUCAAGUGACAUUGACGCCAAAUUUGUGAUACAAUGGUUCGAGACACUAACUGGCAUGGGGUGAGGUGACGAUAUGCAUUGGGUUGUUUGUGCAUCUUAUCGGGGCUCUGAUCAAUCUGCUGGUUCCUCCUGAGCUGCCAAUCUCACAUGGCCUUGUAACAGGACCACACAACUGAGUGGGGUGGUGGGGGCACAGCCUGGGUACCCAUUGAAGAUGGGGGCAAAGGAAAUAUUACAGCUAGGCUGCAUGCAUUUCCCGUCAACCUCAAAGUGACGCCUAUAGCAUCUUUGUUGGCAGGUAGAUGUUCAGGUCCAGAGGUGCUCAGUUGCAGGGUGUCAAAGUAGGAUUUGCACAGCUGAUAGUGAUGCCUGAAUAGAAUCACACCAGGGGACCCUCUCGUGGUGCAGUGGUAUCAUGAAUCAUUGAAUUCCCUACAGUGUGGAAGCAAGGCAUUAGGCCCAUCGUGUCAUUUAGCAUGGCCAAACCACCUAACCUGUACGUCUUUGGGAGGAAACCAGUAGUGUCAUGGCAAGUCAGGAGACCCUGGUAGCAGGACACCAUUAUCUUCUGCCGUUAUAACUGAGCUGCAAGAGGUACCCUGAAAAUGAGAUACAAGAAAAGGAUAUCAUUUUUUCCUUUUUGAGUUAUUCAAGCAGUUCAGAAGUCGUUUGUGGACAAAACAAUGAUGCUGGAGGUGGGAAGCAAAGGAAAUGAAGGGAAAUUGUCAAUCUGAGUUCUGUCUUUUCAAUAUGUGUUAACAGAAAAAUGCAUGAGCUUGUUUAAAAUGUGCAUCAAUAUUAUAUUUGUGCGUUAUUUUGCCAAAUUUACAGGGGCCAAACUUAUUCAAUCAAGAGUCUUCAGCAGACGGCGGGCUGCUUAAGGGAGAAGGAGCAGGUCUGGUGAACUGGAUCUGGAAUACUCGAUUCUACAGACUCGUGAAUAAGGCACAUAGAGCGAUGUUCUGUGAAUAUUCUUUCCUCGAUUUAAGAGUGCCCAUUAUACCAACUGCCCUGAUUGAAUUUCUGCAAAAUGCAAAAUAAAAGAUAAUGGGCUAUGGGUGUGGCGGUUAUCAGUUUGUAAAGGCAGUUUAAUCUCCGGGGCAAACCUCACUAAAGUUCCAGAUUAGUGUUCUGUAAAUAAAACAAAUUUCUUUCUCUUCCAAGUUCAGGCAAAUUAUCUUUUAAUGUGACCCAGUCGAAGUAUUGCUGGGAUGAGAUACUGCCAUUGAAUGCUCCAAUAAAAUUGAUGAGGCUGAGUCUCAUAUUGUUUGUUAUUCAUUGUUUCAAGA